UCUCCCCGUCCACGCAUCGCCACCGCGCCAUAUCGGCAAAUCUCUGAAGCGGAGCGGGCACAUCGCCUCAAAUCUUGCUUGCCCCCACCUUCCCCCCUUCCACCACCACCACCACCGAGAGCCGGGAGACAGACACGCCAGCAAAUCCGGGCGAGCGAGCGCCCCGUCCCGGCCGCGGCAUGGGCUUCCCGGUGGGCUACUCGGAGCUGGUGCUCCCGAAGCAGCUGCUCCACCUCCUCCUCCUGCUGGGGUACAUCCGGCGCUUCCUCCUCUCGGCGUUCCACGCCGUGGGCCUCGGCGACCUGCUGGAUCUCGGGGACGACCACCAGGAGCUGCUGCAGGACCACCACCACCACAACCACGGCGGCGCCGGCGGGCCGCAGCUGGGGCGGGACCACGGCGCGCCGGCGCAGGCGCUGGCGCUGCAGCACCGCCGGCCGGAGUUCCGCGCGGUGCCGGCGAUGGUCAUCGAGGAGGUGCUCCCCGUGGUGCGGUUCGACGAGCUGGCGGCCUGCGUCGGCGGCGACUGCGCGGUCUGCCUCAGCGGCAUCGGCGGCGGCGACGAGGUGCGCCGGCUAAGCAACUGCCGCCACGCCUUCCACCGGGGAUGCCUGGACCGCUGGAUGGAGCACGACCAGCGCACCUGCCCGCUCUGCCGCGCGCCGCUCAUCCCCGACGAGAUGGCCGGCGCGCUCUGGGCUGCCGCCGCCGGCGUGCCCGACGCCUCCGACUUCGACUUCUCCUACUUCGGCGCGCCGCUCACGCCGGUGCCCUCCCCGACGCUGCUGCGGCCGCACGAGCUGCUGCUCAGCGGCCUCGGCGGCUACCAGUGAACUCCGCUCCCGCCCGCCCGCCCGGAAGCGACCGGCCCUGCGGAAUGCGCGGCCGCGGACCGGCUGAAUCGGUCGCCGCCGCCUUCCGCGGGAGGAACAAGGGAGAAGCGCAGCAGCGGAGGCACAGCAGAAGCGGAGGGCUCGAAUUGUGUACAUAGGCAAAAUGGGUAAAGCGACCGGAAAGGGAUCCGCUGCAGUUCGGCAGCCUGCAGUUGGGCCACUGACAGGUGGGCCUGCAUGUGUGGGGCCCACGUGUCAGGGACACCACUGCAGGGCACUCAACUGCAGCGGAUCUCGUUCCAAAGCGACCACCCCCCAAAAAAAGGCUAGAAGAUUAGAUUCCUCUUGUGCAUAGGUAGAUUCCGUCUUCCAAGUUUGUGGAGUUGUGAAUCUUUCCGCGGAUUAAUUUUGUUGAGCUAGGCGUUCCGAUCCAAGAUUUGGGCCCCUUUGCUCCUUCCCAUU